AAUCCAUAAUCCAUCCAUUUGGUACCCAAUACUACCUCCUAAUUCGUUAAAAUUGACCACACAUCUGCGGUUCCUCCCCCACAUCCAAUUAAAACAAGCGAAUUUUCUAUCCGGAUAGGGGAGGCCGUUCUUGUACGAUUCAAGGGAUUCGCUCGGGUCCUUGUCAUCGAGGUCACGCGCUAAUAUUAGACUUAACCACGGCCGAACUUUGAAAGGGUGGGAACCACCACGCUCGGUCAGCCAUGCAGAGAUCUGCUACCUCCACGCCGACGCAGAAUGCGACUCCUUUCUUUUCCUCCAAUAUCUGGGGGACCGGUAGUAAUUCGAACCCCGUCGCGAACCCAAAUCCCCAAUCACAGUCGCAGCAAGGAGGAGGCGGUGGUAGCUUCAGCAGAUCCAGACCUGGUACAAGUUCGGGUGAUCGAGAUAGAGACAAGGACCGGGAACCUAACGUUCUAACCAAAGAACGCGAUCGCAAACCUUCUUUUGGCCGAAGACCAUCUUUCUCUUCCCCAUCUAAAGGGAAGCGUCGCGCAAGCUCAUCCAAUGCGGGAGCGGGAUCCGGAAAUCAAAUCAAAACUGACGCCACCGCACCACCCGCGAUACCCCCUGAUUUCGCCCUCGCGGCUGCGGCCAAGCUUUCAAAGGAAGCCGAAGUAGUACCUUCACCGGCCUCAACCGAUUCCUUUUCCAAGAUGAUCGGUCGCUCCGCGCCAACGCCUAUCAAUGGAUAUUAUCCGAGUUCUGCGACCUCUCCUCCUUUAAUCCAAAACGAAAUCCCUUCAUUACACCAGCAUAUACACGAGAUCGCGAACAAGAGGAUAUCAACUUUAGAUUACCUGCGCAAGGCUCAUGAAGGUCGAAUCUAUUGGUUUAAUACGUUGCUCUUUGACAAACCGGAUCUGGCGCGUAUGCCCUACUUUGAUAGUCGCAAACUCGCUUAUCGCGCAACCAAUUAUCUGCUGCUGGGACUUUCACUACCUGCCGUCAUCGACCUCAAUUCUUCUACGCCGCUCGAAUUUCUUCGUUCCCUCAACACUCUCCUCGCCGAAUUCGAAUCCUACCAACAAAUACAUACUGAGAAUGGCGUGAACACAAGCUCACUUUCUCGCGCCCGGAUACCAAAUAUGUUCCGACGAGGACCUGGUGGGAAAGGGCGAAGACAGUCAGGAGCUGCGGAUUUAUAUACGGAUGCCAGCAACGGCCUAGCUAGUGGCUCAGCAGUGAACUCGGCACCGACGAGCGUCAUCAAUUUUGGACCUGGCGGCGAGGGGAAUGAUCUUGUACCUGGCGAGGAGUAUACGCACCUUCUUACGCCGAAUCUCCCUUUUGAUCCGGACUUUUUCGAAACGUUUGCGACUUUAUGCGAUGUCCUAAUCGAUUGCUAUUCGAGACUCAUGACUCUCCUUCCCACACCAAAGGAUUGUACACCUAUCAUCGCAGAAUUGUUCACCAAGGCCGAUGCGAAAGUACGCAAAAUUAUCAUACAAAGUGUGGUCAAGGAAUUCGAAGAUUCAAGUAGGGCCGGCUUGAAGCAAGAAAUCACCAACGUUGGCAAGGUGGUCCUAGGCGGUCUGGUUUGAUGAAGUGUUUAUAUAUAAUGAAUACGUAAUAAUGGGCCUCAUGUUUAUUGGCUUGGUUUGUUGUCAAGGUGUUAUUGGACUACUUCGGAUCGAGGAUACCAGGUCACAUGGCUUAUGAGCAUAACGGCGUUGGGUUCUUCUCGGGAACUCGGGUGCAUAUAUAAAGUGCGGCAGAACACUAUGUUUGAUAGAAGGGAUAUGUAUAAAUAUUGAACA